AUGUUUUUUUUUUACUUUGCGGCCGUGUGAAUUGCAUUAUCAUAUUCACUUGAUAGCUUGAUCAUAUACAGCACUGACAAAAACUUGCAAAUAAAUUCCCUUCAAAACAUCCUCAGUUCCAAGCUUUCCUCAGAAAACAGUAUUUCUGUUACUUGAAUUGAUGAAAAAUUUUCAGAUCAGUGAAUUCAAAAAAUUAAUGAAAAAUGAUUAGUAAUUGAUCUUUCAUCAAAUUUAAAUACUCAUUUUUUAUUAUUCUUAAGCGGAAAUAAUAUUAUUUGGGAACAUACAAACCUAAUCUUAUUUUUUAUAGGAAAUAGCUGAUUAUUAUCAGUCUUUAUAUAUUCAGCAUUUUACAUUAUUAUAUCUCAGAAGGCUGAAGAUUUAGAUUUUGUGCACUUUAUUAUUGAUGACUAUAAUGAGAGCUACCAUAAAUGGACAUAUUCCCUAUUUUUCGAAAAGGUGAACUAUUCAAAAGCAAUUGUAAAUGUCCUAAAAAAUUUUGAUUGAGCAUCUGGUGUUUUCUUUUUAUCUGACUCUCCUUAAGAUUAAAUUAUAAUUUUUCAUUAUUUAUAAAUAAACGAGUUUAUAAUCAAUUAUAUGGCUUUUUAAUUAAUUUUCAGGAUUAUAAAUUGCUUUCAAUCUAAUCUUAUAAUUAAAAUAAUAAAUCGCACUUAUUAUACUUAAGUUAAAACACAUUUUCUUCACUCAAAAAGCACAAAUAAAAUGGUGAGUUAUAUACAAUUUUUUAUAAUAUAAAAUAAUUUCUGAUAAAUAAUAAACUGCAUACAUCCAAUUUAAAAUAAUUCAAGUGCUUAGUGAAGAAAAUUGAUUUCUAAAGAACAUAAUUGAUGACCUAUUAAAAAAUUCUUUUCAAAUUAAAUUAAGUACCUUGCUAAAGUAGGCUAAGAAUUUCCACCUCUACAAGCUAUACCAACUGACACCGCUACUUCGCUUCAGGCUCCACCAGCCUAACUUGGUUUUAAUUCUUCUGGCCUCUAAGGGUGGGAUCCAUGGCGCAACUCAGAGUGCUGCACUAGACACUUGCUGUCUUCAGAGUCUCUAAUUCGUUUAUGGAUGGACUUUAUCUUGGGAGCAAUGGCCAAAUCUACUCUUCUAUUCUCAUGCAGGAUAGGUAUGAGGAAAUUGUGUUAAGAAGUCGGUGAGGCCUCCGCCAUAUUAAUAUAAAAAAAUUCUUUUAGCUAUCUUAUAAUACAAAGCAGUUCGAAUACUGAAGAAAUAGUUAAUAAAGAGGUUUUCAAUCUUGGAACAAAUUUAUAUUAUAUAUUCACCGACGCGAAUACGUCAUGAAAAAUAGUAGAAAAUUUAAAAAAUGCAAAACUAUUGGGUUCAGGGACUUCGGUUUUAAUGAGUCAUGAAAGUAGCUAUAAUUUAACACUCGAAGGCUCAUUAAUUAUUGCUCCUAAAAAUCAAAUAUUUUCUAAGUCAAAAGAAGAUUAUGUCGCAAAUCAAAUAUUAUUCGCUAUACAAGAAAUUUCAACUGAUUUUAAUAAUCAAUAUGAAUUAAGGCAAGUGGCUGAAAAUUUGUGCACUAAUCAUUUUUGUGAAAAUUCAUUCAGCGUGCUCAAUGUCAAAAAUGGAGACCGAGUUGUUAUUGGUGAGGCAUUUGACUCAAGCUUUGAUAAUGUUACUUUUAUCGGUAAUUCGCAAGCAAUACCUAUAUCAAAAAAAAAAGUAUUAGAAAUAGGCUUAAAUAGCGGAAUUCAUAAUCCUAAUGGAGUUCAAAGCUACCCUUUUAACACAAUUGAAUUCGCAGGUAGCAAUUUAGCAAUCUCUCUAAUAAAUGAAGGCGAAUUAGGGAUUCUGGACAAUUUUGCAAUUCAAGGAAAUAGCUUUGAUUGUGGCAGCACAUUUGUAAACCCAACCUUCCAACUAAAUUGUUUCAAGCAAAAUAUAAGUAAUAUUGGCCUUAUUUUUAUCCCUCCCAGUGGUACACCAGUUCUACAAGGAAUUUUCACAACAUUCGAUAAAUUAAACGUCAGGGUUCCACAAAUAGCCUCUAGGAUAGGCUUUGACUCAUUUUCUUCAAUUUCUAAAUAUCCAUUAUUUGCCAGAGUCAGUUAUAACGGUGUUUAUUUGGCCUCUCUGGUUGUACAAAUCCUUUACACACUUGGAUGAAGAAGCUGCGCUCUCAUAUACCAAGAAGGUGCUUAUUUUGUUGAAUUCGCUAAUGCUUUUGUAGCAUAUGCAGAAAAAUAUAAUAUAAAUAUUCUUAAUGAUCCUGCGUCACGAUCUUUUCCACAAGCUACUUAUUAUGAAGGACUAAAAGCAAACUAUUCACAUGUUUUUAAAGAAGCUAUAAAUUCUAACGCCAGACUUAUAGUGUAUGUGGUCUCUAUUAAUGCAGCUUCAGACAGUAUAAAAGUUUUCCAUUCUUUAGGCAUCACAAAUGGUGAUCUCUUGUUUUGUUUUGCGAAUCCAGGCACUAUUUCUUCUGUUUUCACAUCUUCUGCUAACUCCCCCCCUCCGUGAGUGAACAAAAACAUUUUGUUCACUCACGGAGGGGGGUUAAUUUUUUUUUUUAAAAACAAUUUCUAUAUAAAUUUUAUAAAAAAUAUUGUUUUCGAAAUUUAAAAAAAUCUAAUUCGCAAAAAUUGGAAAGCAAAUAUUUAUUUAAUUUAUAAAAUUAUGUUUUAAAAAGCAAUUCGUUUAAAAUUAAUCAGAAUUAUAGAAAAUUCCUGGGGAUAGCGCGUAAUACGCUAUCCCCAGGACCAACCGGGAUCGGAUCCCACAUGGAACGAGGGUUCCAUGUGUGGAUCCAUUUUUCACACGUGAAAGUAAAUAUCUCACAUGUAAAAAAUGGAUCCACACAUGGAACUCCCGUUCCAUGUGUGAAUCCGAUCCCGUUGGUCCUGGGGAUAGCGUAUUCCGCGCUAUCCCCAGGAAUUAUCUAUAGCUCUACAUUUCAUUAUACUAAUUAUCAUUUUUAUAUCAAAAUUUUUUUCCAUAAAAUUUUUUUCUAUUAAAAAAAUUUUUGUUCACUCACGGAGGGUGGUUUUUGGGCAAAACAUAGCGAUUUUCUAAUGGUUUUGCUCACUCACGGGGGGGGAGUAAGUAUCUUGCAGAAUCCAAAGAAAUUGCUACCCCUUCAAUCGCAUUUGAACCACCAGGGUAUACAGGAGAAGUUGGAGACAUGGUGGCUAAUUUGCUUCAAUCAAGGUAUAAUAUUAAAAAAAGUGACAACUUGAUUCAGCCUUGUGCUUAUUAUGAUUCUUUAGUAUUAGGAGCUUUGGCAGUAGAUUUUAUGAUAAAUAGAGGACAAGAUUAUACGAACGCGACUCGAUUAAUGAAAGCAAUAAGAAAGCAAACCUUCAGAGGAUGCUCAGGGAAAAUACAAAUUGAGGAUGGGACGAAUAAUAGGGUUGUUGACCUCGUUAUAUUGCAAAACGCUGUUUUAAAUAAAAAUACUGGAAAUGUUACAAUAAGUGAUAGUGCUUAUAUAAAACCAUUAGGAACGACACUACUCCAAAUACUAAAGCCAAUUGUUUAUCCAGGCAAUACCACAACUGUUAGUUUAUUCAGAGUUAUAAAUGGAAAGUGCCCUUUUCCAGAUAAUAAAGUUAGAACUUUUACCAAAGGGCGAUACUUAGUUUUUGGAAUUUCUAUUGCUGUCGGAAUAAGCACGGCUGCUACAACGCUUUAUAUUUGACACAAAUGAUGGAAUAUAAAGGUGGAUAAGUUGACUGAGAAACAGGAAAUGUCUAUUGAAGAUAUUAUGAUUGGAGCUACAGUGAUAAUAGAGCUAUUCCAGGUUUUAGCAAUGGGACCUGACCUUGCUCCUAUUAGUUCUUUGAUUGGAGAUCUAGGAAAUAUGGUUUCUUUAGACUUAAAUGAUUUCAUCAGCACUAAAAAUGGAGUUUUUUGGUUUUUCUUGGAUGCUAUUUAUGCGCUUGUUUGUGUAUGGGCUGUUUUGUCAGUAUCUGUAUUACUCCGAAUUGACGAAAGAUUCCCAGCAGUUGGCUUGUUUAGGCUUUUAAAUAAGUCUGCUUAUUUGUUGAUGCCAAUUAUUGGGAAUCUUAUGUUUAUACCUAUAGUGUCGCUGCUUUUAGAUGUUUUUAUAUGUGAUGAAUCAAUUGGAGAAGAUUUUACUGACAGCUUUAUGAUUAAAGACUGCUAUCAAUUUUGUUGGAAAGGCGAGCAUAUUAUAUAUGCUGCAAUCUCUGCAGUUUGCCUUGUAGUUUAUGAGCCAUUAGCUGUAUUUUGUAGGCCACUAUGACAAGAAUUAGAUCAUUUUGUGCAUGUUAAAUACACACCUUUGCAUUUAAUGGUAAAAACUGUUUUUCAAGUUUCCCUUAUUAUCUUAAACAAAACUGUAAAACGAGCCCAAGAUAUAACGCAUGGAGCUUUGUUUACCCUAAUUGUUAUUAUUUUUGGGAUUUUCGGAUUUAAAAAUCAAUCAUAUAACUAUCCUAGGUUUACUUGGUGGCAUUUUCUAACUAUGGUUGCUGUAUCAUGGUCAUCACUUAUCACAACAAUUAAUAUAGGACUUGGCAAGACUACUAAUCCUUUAUGGGUAAUCUUACUUGCUAUCGGGUGGGCUAUAAUAGCUAUGGUUGGCUUAUAUGUCCAAAAGAAAAAAUAUCCAAGCAUGCUGUAUAGAAAGAAUAUAAAAGAUACAAGCACUUUGUUUAAGUUUGCGUUUACAUUUAGCCAAACUCGAACUAAAGUUAUUCCCAUUAAAGAAUUUGAAAAAUAA